UCUCAGACCAGAAUGGCGGCUCUUUUGGAAUCGCUCCUGUUGAAGAAAGUGGAUGUUAAUACGGUCUUAGACUGGCUGAAAAAUGUUGAGGAGUGCGACAGGCUGGCAUUCAGUCAACCUGAAGUGACAGUCCACAAACAAGAAUUUGUCCCUUUUCUAUUAAACUUUCUGAGAGAGCAGAGCAGUCAGUCUCUAACCCAUGGCCCUGCUACACCUGCGAAGACUCCCAGCCGCACCAGGCCUACAGCACAGAUACAGGGCUCGUCUGACAGGAGGGGUUGCAAGUCUGCAGGUGGUGGAGGAGCUGGCUCUAGGAGCGCCAGUCGCAUCCAGCUGUUUUCUCCUGCGCCCUCUGUGUCCCCUGUAAAUGAAUGGGAUGCUGCCGGUCAGUCAGGCACCCACUGUGUGAGCGGGAUCAGUGCUUUCAGCAGCCCCUCCUUUUCUAGUACAUGGAGCCCAGCUUCUAGACCUUCGGGCUCCGAGCGCCGGCCUGGCCAGAGGAUCAGUCUUGCGGACUACAUGGUUUCUCCUCCUGACCUCCAAAACAGCCCAAACUUCCAGUCACAAAAGGGACGCAAGAGGGGCGGUGGUGGCACGGCGGUUGGAGGACAGGGGAGACAUGGAGGAGGGCGUGGAGGACAUCAGAGUGAUGAGUUUGGGAGAUGGGAGAGUGGAGGGAGGAGAUCGGGUAGAGGAGGAGGAGGAUACAGUAGGAUAAGCGAGCAGGUUUCACCUCCAUCUGUGGGUGAGCUCAAUUUCAACAAUUUGGAGGAUUUCCCCCCUGUUGGGUCAUCACCAACUUCUCUUGCGGGAACCAAACCAUCUAGACGUAUAAACCCGACGCCAGUCAGCGCAGAGCGGCCGAACUCUAAACCAAAGACCUGCUUCACUUCCACCCCAUUCAGUAAGGCCUCUAGUCCCCUGUCAGGGCCAGAGGCUCUUGAGGGGUCAAUGCCAGCAGGCAGUCCGCUGAGCCUGCAAGAAGAGAGGGAGCUACUGAAGAGGGAGAAAUGUAAGCGAGCCCAGCAGACCUGCUCCCCUCUGCCAUCCUCUCUGGACCCAUGCACCCCUACCAAGUUAGGGGUUAGGAUGGGUUCUAAGGUUACUCCAGACCUGCAGACACCUUCUCCUGAACCAUCUAAAGUCACUUUCGCCUUGGAUCUGGAUCUCCUGGCAGAGCUGUACUGUACCUGCAUAACUGAAAACCUAGUGCCAAACAUUUUCCUGGAGCUUUUCUUUGUGAUGCAGUUGCUAACAUCUCAGUCUCCUCCCAGUCAUGAUGAUGAACAGGAAAGUUUGUGUGCAGUAAAUUCAGAUGUUCUGGAGAGAUGUUACCUAAGACAAGUACACAACUGUGUGUAUUUUGCUGUGAAGGUUCUGGAGAAUCUGUUUCAGUUGGUCGCUCAUUUGGACAAGUGCACCUUGCGGAUGCUGGCAGAGAAUGAAAGAGUGGCGUCUUUUUCUCCAGAUCUCAGGGAUCGCUUGACUCAGGCCCAAGACGGAAGCACAGCCAAGCUUUCUCCUUCAGCUUCCACUUUCAUCCACUCAGUCCCAUUCCAGCCCGCUACGGACAACCGCUCCAACUUCAGUAGUGACAAAGCCUUCCACACCUUUAAAAAACAGAGAGAUAUUUUUUAUGAGGUGCUGCGAGAAUGGGAGGACUUUCACAAGGAACCAGGAUGGACCUUUGAUGCUGUUCUCGGGAGUAGGAUCAGAGGAAUGAUGAGUCAGCUGACCGCUGCAGGAAACCACUCACAUUUUGCCCGUCUGUUCCUGAAGCAGCUUGUUCAGAUGUGUAAAGGCCCCCGUGUUAACAGCUCUCCUGGGGACACCCCUGAUGCUGACCUGCUGGGCAUGCUGGGAGCCGACAGCGGGCGUUUGAAGCGUCUCGAGGAGCGCCUCAUUCAGCCUCAGGGAGUCAUUGGCCCUUGCCCUCCUCCAUCCUUCCCUGGUCACCAAGAGUUCUUCAGGGACUUCCUGCAGGCAGCUAGUUGCUGUCAGCUGAACCAGCACCUGCAGGACAGCUUGUGCCAGCAGCUCCUUCAGCUGGAUGAGGUGUCCAUCCUGAGCCCUCCUGCUUCAGUUGGGGAGGGAGAGGAGGAGGGAGAUGGGGACAUGGAGCAGCAGGAUGACAAGCAGCGAUUCACCUCAGUGCUGCUCCUUGCUCGUCUUCUGGCUAAGUUUUUGGGAUUCAUUUCUUUUCUGCCUUACCAAACAUCUGACAGACCAUCCAGGGAGAUUCAGGAGGCUGCUAUAGCUCUGCGCAGUAAGAGUGUUCCUGUGCUGGAUGUGUGUGCUGUGCUGAGUAACAGUGUGCGGAGGAGGCGAACCAUCCUGACUGUACCCUGGCUUGUGGAGUUCCUCUCCAUGCUGGAUUUUGUUGGUCCUCUGCUGCUCUGCUACAGGACUGCUUUGGGCACAUUGCUUCUCCUGUACAGGAAAAUGCUGCUGGGCAGAUGUGGAGAAAUUUGUUACCUGAACAAGCUGCUAAUGGUGUCUGUGUUGGGAUGGCUCUUCCAGAUUCCAGUCAUUCCUGAAGACAUUUUCUUCACCAGUGAGUUUACUGAGGUAGCAAAGCUUGAGGACAGCAACACAACUACUACUGGACUUGACUGCAUUCUUCUGGUGGAUCAGCAGCUUCUCUAUACAUGUUGUCCAUUUCUUGGUGAGUUUCGUAAGCUCCUCGCUGCCUUUGUGUCUGGAAGCGCAGCCAAGAGUGGAGGAAUAAUUCGCAAAAUUACUCCCACUUCUGCUGAGCUUAAAGAUACACCGAGUGCCAACAGGUCACAGCAGAAACUGCAGGUCGACCUGGAGCAAGCUUUCUUUCAUAACCAGCCGCCGUCCUUGCGUCGUACUGUGGAGUUUGUAGCUGAGCGGGUCGGAUCCAAUGCUGUCAAGCAUAUGAAGGCCACAUUAGUGAGUGAGUUAGUGGAGAGAGGUGAGAAGAUGCUGAGAGAUGGACUGCAAUCGCCAAACCCGAACCCAUCAAAACUGAAUGACUCUAUCUGUGCCCAGCUGUGUGACACAGGCUUGGAGGCCUUGGCAAGAGCUACCAGAUUUUGCUGUGAGAAGAGUCCUGAAGCUAUAAGAAUUCUGCUCCCUGAUGAGACCUCCCCCGCUGUCCUGACCACAUCUGAAAACAUAACCAAACGUCUUGCAACAGAAAAAGCCUGCAGCUGGCUCUCUGGCAACAUUACAGCGCUGAUAAGACGAGAGUGGAAGAGCAGGUACGAUCGCGUGGUGAAGGCUCUGGGUAGCCCAGUGGCUGCAGACUCUGGUGACGUGGGGGGAGCUGUGGUUGAGCUGGAACAGUCAACUACCCCUAAGAGAAAGCAAGGAAGUGAGAGAGUGACCUCCUGCCCUCCAGACUGCAACCACAGCGCCUCUCUGCCUUCUGACGUCCUCAUUAUGAUGAAGGAGUUGUUGAGCAUCGCAGUUGGCCCCAGGACUGACGAGGAGCUGCCAACUGACUCUCAGAUCAGAACGCUGCUUCAGAGAGUGGGAGACACACUGGCCUGCAGAAAGUUCUCAACUGUGGUGUCAGAGCAGAUGCUUCUGAACUCGACUGUUCUACUGGCCUGCAAGCUUGUUUCUGCAGAGCUGCCGGUGCUGUCUCUGGCAGAGUGCAGCAGAGGUGGCGAGGUUGUUGUGGGUCCUGGUUCAGGGUCAGAGCCUCCUGUCAGAGCACUGCUGGAGCAGCUUGCUGAGCUGUGGGAGAGAGACUUUUGUUGCUCUGCCCCCUUCCACCUGCUCUUCACCCCAAUCACUGUCACUGCUGUGCUGAAGGCCACUGACACUGAGUCGAACAACUACCUGUUCUUGGUUAAACAGCUGGUUGAAAGAGGAGUUUUGGGCGAGGAGGAGGUCAUAUCUCAUUGGAAGAAGCUAACAAACCUAGCCGUGCCAGCGGAGCUGAUGGAGAAAUUUCAGCUGCAGUCACAGAGUAUUAAACCUUCUUUGCCUCUGGCUGAAAUACAAAGCCACAUGGACAUGCUGCAGGUGUCACAACAUACAGUAGAGGGAGCUACAUGACAAUAAGACUACCCUCUAUCCCCGAGCAUCUUCUGUGUGAUCGCCAGUGUUUUAUGUCACAUCUAUCAGUGUGAUGCUCAAAGGAAAGACAGUUCUGGGUGACUCCUUGUUGUUGACCAUUUUUCGAGUUGCCAUCUCUGCAAAGGCCAUCAAAGCGGUUCCAUAGCCAGCCUCUGCUAGCUUCUUGCAACUUUUGAUCUCUACUGUACCUGUGAAGUGAAGCAGCCUUUCAUGAAUUUCUCUGCUCUUUUGCUAAAGUGCUGAUGAGUACCAGAAAACCCUGACAGGCCCAGUUAUAGUAGCGAGGGACCACAGCAUCUCAUACUUUUAGAUCUGUGAAAUCAUCCUGCAAGCAAUCCUGGAUAGAUAAUUGUGUCAAAUUGGAAAUAGUACUAAAACAAGCAUUUCAAACAGUCAAGAUCAUAGCAGGUAAUUAGAAAAGCCAGUGAAAGGGUCUGCAUCAAGAUGGGCAUUCAUAAUUUUAGUCACCCAGGGCAUAAACUUGGUAAGUAAAGUGUUACUUUAAGGCCUUGGCUUAUCAAAACAUACAACAAAUACUGUGUUACAAUUGUGACUCUUCCUCUUAAAUUCUACCAGACAAGCCAUAGUUUAAAGUUUUAGAGACACUGCUUUAGACAUUUGCCAAAAAACUUAACUGAAUAAAUGUGGGCAGUUUUUUAGACCCAACGGAGAUAACAAAUGUCUUCAUUUUAAUAUAGCACUUUCACACACUGCCUAUGACCGCAACUACUAGUGAUUGCAUGUUUAUUUCAUGAAUGCAAGACUGCAUUUGUGAUCGUUUCUGUUCAUGUUGAACAAGCACCGUAUUCUCUGCUGCUUUUAAAUGAAAAAGAUUUUUUUAUUUUGCGAGAAAUUUGAAAUGAUAAUAAUAAAGAUGUAUUCUGCUUUAGUGUC